AUGGAGGCAUCAUUGUUCACUUUCUCCUCCACUUCAAGAAGAGUCAUCCCAGCUCCAAACUCAGAUGUUCAUCGCGGUCUUGGACUUGAUGAUUUUGUCAAUUUCUUAGUCUCCUGCCGACUUCGAUACGCUAUCAGUGAGGUUCCAUCAGAGUUCUUUCCCGAACAAGUAUGUGAGUUCUACUACACCGCAACAGUUAAUGAUGAAAACAACGUCAUCUCCGGGACUAUUGGGUGUGGCCGACGCUCAGCUUUUAUCACCGCUGAUCUCCUCAGUGUUGCUCUCAAGUUACCACUUUUUGAACCAUUCUCUGAGCUUCCAACUAUUGAACGCUGUCGACGCCUCUUUAAUCAACUGGGCUAUGAUCACUCGAAGUUUGGUGCUCGAUCAGCUCUCAUUCUGCGUCAAUGUAUGACUCCAGGAUGGAAGUUCUUCACCGGGGCACUGUGCAAAUGUGUGGGUCACAAAUCUCGCAGUGGUGAUCAACUGAGUACUUAUGAGCAACAAGUUGUCUGUUCCCUUCUUCUCAACAAACAUCUCGAUUAUGGGGAUUUCUUCUUUGAUCAACUUGUCCAACUUCUUCAUGCCAAUGUACGCACUGAGCAUGUCCCCUUUCCAUGCUGGAUUGCUCUUGUCAUGGAUAAAUGUUUCGCUGAAGCAUACUACUCCCACUCUGGAAACCCCAUCCAAUGCCCACGCAUGUCAGUACGAAUGUAUCAGGAUGAUCCACUGGCAAAUGACAUCGGCAUCUAUGAUCGAAUGAGAGAAUGGAUCGCAAAUCCAUAUACUGUUCCUUCACUAACCGCUGAUACUGAUGAAGGAGCUAAUGAUAACAACGAAAUUCAUGCUGAUCUACAAGCUGAAAUGCAGGAUGGUGGUCAUCUCUCCCCUCAACUUUCUCAUCAUACUCUUUCUGUCACUGAAAGGGUUCACUCAGCUCCAGGGGAGCAACAAUCUCAAGGGAUGCCACCAUCUCCGGGGGAGCAACCUCUUCAGGGGGAGCAGCAUGACUCACAAGAAGUUCCAGGUACUCAGUUCAUUCAAAUACCGGCCUCAGCAUUUAAUGAGCUUCUUACACUGACUCGAGACAUGAGUCAGCGUCUUCUACGAAUUGAGGCUGAUGUCCACCAACUGAAGGGAGUUCUUUUGUCAACUCCUUCCCCUGGCCCAAAACAUGAUGUUGAUCAAAAAAGGGGAGAAAAUGACCUUGUUGAGCUUGGAUCUGAAGAUAACAUUUUAAACCAGACCGAGCCACCACAACCUGUGCACGAGUCUGAUAAAAUAGCAGAAACUGAAAAGCCUACUGACGAGUCUGAUAGACCUGCAGAUACUGAAAAGCUUGCUGAAGAUAGUGAGCAUGAUGAUGAGGAUGAACAUGAUGAUGAGUGUCAGAUGCUGGACAUGAACUUCUUUGAUCCCACUGUGCCUGUUCAAGGAGAAGCCUCAGAUGAUGAUGAAGAUGAACAUGAUGAUGAGUGUCAGAUGCUAGACAUGAACUUCAUUGAUCCCAUUGUGCCAGUUCAAGGAGAAGACUCAAAUCAAGAAACCUAA